UGCUUGUGUUCGAAACCCAGGAAACUAUUUGCCCCGAAUUCCAGGAUGUCCAAUUGUUCGUGAUCCGGACAGUGUACUACCGCGAAUCCUAGGAAGCUCGCCAAGAGAGCAGCGUUAGUUGUUACUACCUUCUUCGCUCCCACACUUUAGAAUUAGGGUUUCGAUUGGCGUCUUCUUCUCUCUAAAUCGUCAGAUGGCUCGUUUCUGCAUCUUGUGUUUCAUCUUUCUUCUUUGGAUAAUUAAGACAGAAGGUCAGCAGGAGAGUAAAAUCAUACGUUUAUUAUUUGCAGAAACCAAUUUGUUCCAAUCUUUUUAGGAGUCACGCCAAUAUAUAUCAAUGGGUGAGACUGGGAAACGAUUUCGUUCACAGAGAGACCACAAUGGGGAUAGUAGAAAUCAGAAGAGACGCAUGAAUCACAAAGAUGGAAAGGGCAAUGAUGAAUUGGUUGUUUAUAGGGUACUUUGUCCAGAUGGAGUUAUUGGAAGUGUUAUUGGCAAGGGUGGAAAAGUGAUAAAUACAAUAAGGCAGGAGACUAAUGCAAUAGUCAAGAUUGUUGAUCCAUUUCCAGGUGCCAAUGAUCGAGUUAUAACAAUUUACUCCUAUGUUAAGGAGAAGGAAGACAUUGAGGUAGAUGAUGAGUUCAGCAGCAGGGUUCCUCUAUGUGCUGCUCAAGAUGCUCUUCUUAAAGUCCAUGCUGCUAUUGUAAAAUUUGUGGCAAGUGUUGCAGACACUGAAAAGAAGCAUAAGGAUAGGGAAGAAUGCCAGAUCCUUGUUCCAUCAAGCCAGUCUGCGAAUAUCAUUGGUAAAGCUGGGUCUACAAUAAAUAAAUUGAGAAAUAGGACAAGGACAAUGAUCAAGGUUACACCUAAGGAUGCAACUGACCCAACACACUCAUGUGCCAUGGAUUUCGACAAUUUUGUGAUGAUAUCUGGUGAGUCAGAAGCUGUGAAGAAAGCACUCUUUGCAGUUUCUGCUAUUAUGUACAAGUUCUCUCCUAAGGAGGACAUUCCUCUUGAAACAAAUGUACCUGAAGUCCCUCCUAGUAUAAUUAUUCCCUCUGAUGUCCCUAUUUACCCACCUGGUGGAUUAUAUCCAGCUUCAGAUCAUGUUAUGCCACCUAGAUCUCUUCCUCCAAUAAUAGGUGCUACAAAUUUACAAGACCUACAAGAUCUACCAGCUUAUGCUGAUGCAGGAAGUACGUGGUCUCUGUACUCAUCUGCCCUUCCAAUAGUUUCUGGUGUUGGUGGUGUUUCCCAAUCUGAAGAAUUAGUUGUCAGAAUGCUCUGCCCCUCUGACAAGAUUGGGCGUGUCAUUGGGAAGGCAGGAGGUACCAUUAAAAGUAUAAGGCAGGCUAGUGGUGCUCGUAUUGAGGUUGAUGAUUCCAAGGCUAAACACAAUGAGUGUUUGAUUGUUAUAACUGCAACAGAGUCGCAAAGUGAUAUUAAGUCCAUGGCAGUUGAAGCUGUUCUUUUGCUACAAGAAAAGAUAAAUGACGAAGAUGAUGCAACUGUUUCAAUCCGGCUCUUGGUUCCAUCAAAAGUCAUAGGGUGUAUCAUUGGGAAAGGUGGUUCAAUCAUAAAUGAAAUUCGGAGGAGAACUAAGGCAGAUGUUCGAAUCUCAAAAGGUGAUAAGCCUAAACUAGCUGAUGCAAAUGAUGAACUGAUUGAGGUGGUUGGCAGCGUUGACUGUGUGAGAGAUGCACUAAUACAGAUUGUGUUAAGACUCAGGGAUGAUGUGUUGAGAGAAAGGGACACUGGCCAUAAUCCAUCUAUAGGUGCUGAAUCAUUAUACUCAGGUGGCACCGGUCUUUCUGUUCCAUCUGUGUUGCCUUCGGUCCCUCCCCUUGCUGCUCCACUGGCUUAUGAUCACAGGGGCGAAAGUGGAGGUGGACUGGGCAUGCUUUCUUCUAGCAACCUGUAUGGAUAUGGAUCUUUGUCGCAGAUGGGAGAAACUGGCUAUGGAUCUGUGUCCUCAUAUGCCUCCAAGGUGUACGGAGGUUUGCCUCCCCCAUCAGCCUUGGAGAUGCUGAUUCCUGCAAAUGCUGUUGGUAAAGUGUUAGGUAAAGGAGGGACAAAUAUAGCCAAUAUCAGAAAGAUUUCAGGAGCCAUGAUAGAGGUUUCUGACUCCAAAUCCUCCCGGGGUGAUCGUAUUGCUCAUAUAUCAGGCACACCUGAGCAGAAGCGUGCUGCUGAAAAUUUGAUCCAGGCAUUUAUAAUGGCCACCUGAGUUAUUGGAGUGCUCUAGUUUGGAAGGUGGAAUGAUCAGUUCUUGAAGCGUGUCCUUGUUCCUCUCCUUAGCUCUUCUAGGUUGCUUCCUGAGAGAAAAUAUUCUCUGCAUCAACCUGAGCCCUGCGUCUUCCAAAACAGUAACUGUUCCUGAGGAUUCAUUGCUGGUUCUGUAUUUAGGAGUUUUAGUCCCUGUCUUUUUUCUUAAUCUACUCCUCAUCUGCGUUUUCUCUCAGAAAUUUUUAGGAUCUUUCUUUCCAUUCAUACUGUUUUGUCUUGACUUGUUCAAAGUCAUCUUUAUCUCCAUUAAAUGUUAUCAAAGGAACCUAGUGAUUGUUUUUAUUUUGAUUCUGGUGGUUAAUGAUUCAUCCUCUUAUUCUCUUUA